AUGGGUUCUAAGAAGAGGAGGCGUCUCGAAGAGGUUGUCAGUAGCUAUGCUGGUUGUGCUGUCUUCUACUACUACUAUCUACGUCGUUGUAUCGAGCCAGAUGUGUUCGAGAAUAUGAUGCUUCCGAACCCACAAGGUACACGGUCAUCUUACGCUAUGUUGGUUGACCUUUUCUGGACACGUCUGAUGUCCGUUAUUGAUUCGGAUGGUGAGACGUCCAAUAUUCUAGCGGGAUGGAACUCACUCUCAAUAUCCAGCGACGAGUCUUUCGUCGACUUUCUGGCCCGAUUCGAAGGUUCACAGCGUGCCUUGGCAGCGGUUGGUAACCCGAUGACACCAGAGCUUGCUAAACAAGCCCUACUGUCUAAGAUCACGCCUCAUCUACAACAGUUUGCUAAAACUCACCAGUUGGACCCCUACAGCCGUUUGGUAUGUCGCAUCACUCUUGAAGAUCGGGAACGCCGUCAACAGCAGCAAUCUCAAAAACCUCGUCAAGCCAGUCGAGGUCAUUCGACCGACGUGAACAUUGUUGAAGAGGAUGGUGAUUACGAUGUACAACAAGUUGGUACGACUAAACCUACUUGUCGACGAUGUGGUAAGGCCAACCAUCACGCCAAGGACUGUCGUCAAAAGGAGCCUGAGCAUGUCUCUCGGCGCUGUAAACGCUGUGGACGUUGA